CCUGUUGCACACAAUUGCGUAUUUUUUUUUUGCCAAUCACGUUAAUUAUACUCCAUUUAGGGAUUUUUUUUCCAGUAACGGAUUUUAUCGAAGUAUUUUUUUUACCACAUCAUCACGAUGGCAAAUGGAGGUGGAGCAUUCUUCCCGGCAAUCACAAUACGAUCCCGAUUUACUCAGGUCAUCAUACUUGUAGCUGUGGUUUUAAACCUUGGACUAGCUAUAUAUUUCUGGUUACCUUCAGAAGAACAACUAUCCACGUCUAUAGGUUUGGCUAAAGAACCGUUAGCAGAUCUAGAGGACACCAUAGUAGCUGACGAAGACUUCGCUCACGACCCUGAGGAUUCGGAUGAGAUUGGACGUCCAAACAAGAAAGUGGCUGUACUGAACUAUGCUGGUGCCCAUGACGAAGUUGUUGUCUCCAUUCUAUAUACCCUGGCUCAGAUACCAGAAUAUGAUGUCGAUGUCUUCUUCACUACACCCAGAUAUGGCAUUGAGAAGAUCAUGUCACCAUUCUACUCAAAGCCGCUUCAGGACCCAUACUCAUUUGGCAGCCAUUACAAACCUUCGGCAUACCCAGAUGUCCUCAUCAUGGCAUCUUGCGACGGUUCAGAUAUAUACUAUGUUGGCGGAGCAGUGGAAACUAUGGUCGCAGCAAAACCAGAUAUGAAAGUCAUGUGUAUCGUUCAUAAUCCACAGACAUUACAGGACGUUCACUUUCGAAUGUCGCCACUUGCGGAAAAAGGCGUUCUCACCAUGGUUGGACUAUCUCCGCAUGUGGCUGACUAUCUUAAGGAUCAUAAGCUUCCAGACCUUGCAAAAGAGUUUAACCCUAUAUUUGCAAACGUUCCUACUACUGUGUUCGUGCCCACCUUCGACUACCGCCUACCUGAGAGCUGUUCGACAUCCGGUAAUACUGAAAUGAACGAAGCUUGUAAGAGUAACUUUGUGGUUCAAGGCAUCUUCGAAACAGGACGCCGAGAUUAUGGCUCAUUGUUUGAUCAUUUGCUGAACAAAAUAGCGGCAGAUCAAGAGGAUUGGAAAAACUUCCAUCUUCUCUUGCUCGGUCAAGGUUCACCAUUCGACUUGCAAGAGCCACUCGCCAGCCAUGUAUCGACGUACAACGAUCUCCCUUAUUUGGAGUACUAUGACAAGAUCCACCAUAGCUUGGCUCUUUUACCAGCAUUCGCCUCCGACUCAUACUUGCUUUACAAAGCGUCUUCUUCUGUUGGAGCUGCCCUGUUGACCGGCGUCCCAUUGAUUGCCGAUCAAGCUUUAUUGGAUUCUUAUAGACAUCUCAGCAAGGAUGGUGUAUAUUUCCAAAACGAAGGAGAGCAUUUCAUCGACACUGUGGAGCGAAUUCGUAAGCUCUCGGUCGAAGACAUGAACGAGAAGAGAAGCAACGCGUCUGCUAUGAACAGUCGCAUCAUCAAAGACAAUAUAGCCUGGUGCAAAGCAUUGUAGACUUAUAUAUAGAGAUAAUUUUUGAAUAAAUGUAACAUGAAAGGAAAAAGCACAGCUCACUAAAACUGAAC